GCGCCGAGUCCGCGCUACCGGCAGCGCUCUGGGAGCAGCACGCUGCGGCCGCUCCGAGCAAUGAUUAACCUGGCGGGGCGGCCGGCGCAGGGCCCGGGGCGGAGGCGUGGGGCCGGGGCGGGACCCUGGAGGGCCGCUCGGCUUCCUGCUUUUGCCCAAGUCUCCUCGUAGAGGGCGCCGCAACGGCCGGGGCCCGCGGAGCGGCGCGGCGUGGCGCAGGGCGAGGUGCCGGGCGCGCGUGGGCGCGGAGCCUGUCGCCGGGGUCACCAUGAGGACUCUCCGCAGGUUGAAGUUCAUGAGUUCGCCCAGCCUCAGUGACCUGGGCAAGAGAGAGCCGGCCGCCGCCGCGGACGAGCGGGGCACGCAGCAGCGCCGGGCCUGCGCCAACGCAACCUGGAACAGCAUUCACAACGGGGUGAUUGCCGUCUUCCAGCGCAAGGGGCUGCCCGACCAGGAGCUUUUCAGCCUUAACGAGGGCGUCCGGCAGCUGCUGAAGACGGAGCUGGGGUCCUUCUUCACGGAGUACCUACAGAACCAGCUGCUGACAAAAGGCAUGGUGAUACUGCGAGACAAGAUCCGCUUCUACGAAGGACAGAAGCUGCUGGACUCGCUGGCAGAGACCUGGGACUUCUUCUUCAGCGACGUGUUGCCCACGCUGCAGGCCGUCUUCUACCCGGUGCAGGGCAAGGAGCCGUCGGUGCGCCAGCUGGCUCUGCUGCACUUCCGGAACAUCCUCACCCUCAGUGUGAAGCUGGAGGACGCGCUGGGCCGGGCCCACGCCCGCGUGCCCCCCGCCGUCGUGCAGAUGCUGCUGGUGCUGCAGGGGGUGCACGAGUCCCGGGGAGUGACCAAAGACUACCUGCGCCUGGAGACGCUGAUCCAGAAGGUGGUGUCGCCCUACCUGGGCACCUACGGCCUCUACUCCAGCGAGGGUGCCUUCACACACUCCUGCAUCCUGGAGAAGCACUUCCUGCGCCGCUCCCGAUCGGGGGACAUCCUGGCCAAGAACCCGGUGGUGCGGUCCAAGAGCUACAACACGCCACUGCUGAACCCCGUGGCGGAGCACGAGGCCGAGGGCGCGGUGGCCGGCGGCACAGGCAUCCGCAGGCACUCGGUCUCCGAGAUGACGUCCUGCCCUGAGCCCCAGGGCUUUGCUGACGCACCCGGCCAGGACCCUGCUGGGACCUUCAGACCCUCCCCGGCGCCCCCGUCGGGGCCCUGCCCCAGCAGACUGUACCCCCUGGUGCAGCCCCCUGAGCCUGGCCCAGGCCCGGCCCGCAGCUCCCCAGCCUCAUCCAGCCCCGAGAACCUGGUGGACCAGAUCCUGGAGUCGGUGGACUCGGAUUCGGAAGGGAUCUUCAUUGACUUUGGCCGGGGCGGUGGCCGUGGCACGUCUGAGUCUGAGGGGGCAGGGGGCCGGCAGAGCGUCGUGUGACCCAGGCCUUGUGUUUUUACUGACCCCGCGUGUACGCCUGUGCGGUGCGUGAGUGCGAGAGUUUUCUACUCUGUCCCGUCCAGUCCCGUCGGCCUCAGCCACUGUGGCAUUCCUGAGUCUUUGCCGAAAAGACCGUCGCCGCCCGAGACCCCGAGACCCCGGCACCUUUGUUCUGGGGCGUCAGGGGCUCAGGUGCAGGGCAGCCUCCUGUGCGUGGAACAGGCCUGGCUGUUGCCUGCGCCCCAGCCUGCUCAGCCCUCCAGUGUCCACACCAUGGAGACUGUGAACCCCUCAGCUCGGCCAGGCCCCCAGAGAGACCCCCAGGGUCAGUGGCAGAACUGCCUCCCCGCCCCCCGCUCGCCUCGGGCCACAGCGUGACCUCCUGUGUGCACCUCUGUCCCAGACCCUCCACGCGGCCUGUCCUCGCUCGGCCUGGGGUGGCCGUGGGCGGGAAGCGGGUGGAAUAAAACUUGUCUGCCCGG